CAAAGAAACUAUCGCUAAAAAUACAAAAUAACAGGGAGUGGCAACCCUGAAUCUAAUGAAGCAAAUAAGUUGAAUUUUGUUUAUUACCCAACGACAUGACAGCAAGGAUUAUCCUUCGCUGUUUGCACACAUCCAGUUUGUGCCUGGCUCGUGCUCCCCGACGUGCAAAUCCUGGCCUGGGAUACCAGCUUCAGCAGUUACAGCAGGAGCACCCUUUCAAAACAAACGAUGCCAGCGAAGAUUAUGCCGAUUUGGAAUCCGACUUCAUGGAGGUCCAGAAAACCCAUCGGCAACACGAGCAUGAAAUAAAACAGCACCGCGACCGGAUCCGUCAGUUUAUGAUAAAGCACAAGUACUUCAGAGAUGCAAAACUGCCGAACCUCCUGUUCCACGCUGAGAAAGAGCAGAUAAAACUACUCCACCAACGGGAUCCCGAAGAAUGGAGUGUCGAACGGUUGGCAGAGAGUUUCCCGGCUACUCCGGAAAUUGUCGAGAAGAUUUUGCGUUCUAAAUGGCGCCCGAGAAGUGUCCAGCGAAUCCGUACUCACGACGCAAGUGUAAUCCGGAAUUGGCAGCAGCUCAGACAGGGGAAGAAUGACUUCAAUCUGCCCCAAACUCUUCUGCAGCACCUUCAGAACUUUAGCGUAAGGCGGAAACAAGAUUUAAAGGAGUUCAAUGCGGAAGAAUGGCCCACGAGGUCACAAUUGCCCGUUCCCCAAGGCAACGAAUUUAGAAAGCUACUUGGGAAUAAGAAUAGUCCAACUCAUGACCAGCCACCCCCUCAACUACCGUCUGGGUACGAUCCUCCUGCUUCUGCCGCUGAGGAAGAAACCUAUCUGCUCGAUAAAAUCCGUAAUAAAAAGAAAAUGCGUCUGCAAGAACUGAAGGAACUUAAAAUGGUAGAAUCAGUCUCCGAAGCUAAGGCCCCCGUACCUGGCCUUCCGGAGAAUCCCAAUGGCACUGGGUUCCUACCCAGCUUUGUGCCCAAAUUUGAGAGUAGUGAAGUCGUAAUUACUGCCGCGGACCAGCGAAAAUACGAGAUCACUCAGGUUAAGACUCAAAUUGUUAUUCCCCGCAAACUUCGUCGCCCUGGAGCCACCUAUCGCGUGGAGGAUGCUUACUACGACGACGACGGCGAGCUUCUCUACCGUGUGCCGGGAAUGACUGGACCGGGAUCAAGACAUUGACUUUAUGAUUUAGUUCCCUAAAAUUAUAAAAAUGUUCUGCCUUAUUGAUUGUGGUAUAAUGCUUUAAAAAUGGCUUUCGAUUUGAUUAUCGAAAAAUGUUUAUUAAAAAAUGUUCCCAAAGUUUA